AUAUUGAAGUCUGAAGUCUGAAUAUCUAAAAAAAUGGCCUUGGUUGCAAGUUGCGGGUUGUUUUUUAUUUAUUUAGUUUUUCAAUUUUCAAAGAAUUACGGAAUCUAUAUUUCUUCUAAUUUAUAUGCAAAUGAUGGCUUAGAAAUUAUCUAAUACGGUUGUCGGUUACAAAACGCUUAUCAAUCAUGGAAAGCGGUAUAAUGGUGGAGACAUUGCCAUUAUUUGGUAAAUGUUGUUUAUGUUUAAAACUCGAUGUGGUUAAAAGCAUGUUAACGCCAGAUUUAAGAGAAAAGGAGAGUUAUUCCGAAAUGCUGCUCAAGUGUUUUUCUAUAGAUAUAUCAAUUCUUGAUUUAGAAGACACAAAAUGCUUAAUCUGUAGACCAUGUAUAGACCAAUUGGGAGCUUGUGUUAGAUUUAAAGAACAAGUAGACACUGCUUUGAAGUCCUUGGAGGCAGCAGCUAGGAUUAAAAAAGCUGAUGAAGACUUAAAAGUUAAAGAAGAAAUAUCAAAUGAUGAUGCAAGCGAUGAUGAUAUCCUGUUAUGUCAUUUCAAACAGGAGUCGAACGAUAGCAACUAUCAAGAUGAAUUAUUGGAAAAUGGCAUUCACAAAGACUCAGACGACGAAACGCGGAAAACGAGAAAAAUAUCGAAAAAGAAGAAAAUUACAUAUUCGUCUGUUUGUAAGAAGGUUGUGGACCUCGAUGAGACCAUAUACCUUCUGAAUGCUGGUCUAUUCCCAUUCAAGAUGAGCAAAGACGACUUCUCAUGCACCAUAUGCCCCGAAAAGACCACCACCCUGGAAGACCUGAAGACGCAUAUAUCCCAACACAGCACAUCGAACAUGGCAAUGGCCUUCAAGAAAAUGUCGCAGUCAACAUCCCAGAAAUUCUCAAAAGAGAAGAAUUGCCUCAAAUGCAAGACGUGCGCGGUCGAAAUCAGAAACUUCGAUGAUAUGAAGCACCAUAUAGACGCCUGCAUCCGACUGGGAUGCAGGUGGAACCAGCUGCCCUUCAAGCUGGAGAAAGACCAGCUCGACUGCCCCAUCUGCAAGAAGACCUUCCUCAACUUCGUGACCUUGAACACGCAUAUGAACGAACAUUAUCCAAACCACACGUGUGAUAAUUGUGGGAAAGCGUUUGCGUCGAGGUCACGUCUUAGAGGGCAUCUACGGACCCACGAGGUCGGCAACUUUCCAUGCCGUUUCUGUGAUAUGGUCUUCGAUAAGGUGACGAAGAGAGAGAACCAUGUGUCAAAAGAGCAUAAAAGUGGUAUCCGAUAUGUGUGCAAGCGGUGUAAUAUAUCUCUGACCUCGUUCUAUGCCCGGCAGAAGCAUCUGGCUGAGGUACAUAAUGAGGAAUUGAAGAGGUACAAGUGCAAGGCCUGUACCCAGAGUUAUAUUACACCUGGACAUCUGUCGAGCCAUGUCCGGAGAGACCAUUUGAAUGAAAGGAAUCAUAAGUGCCCGAAAUGCGAUCUGGCUUUCUAUACGAGGAACUCCCUGAAGAUGCACAUGAUAAAGCAUGAUGGGGAGAGGAUCCACGUGUGCAGCAUAUGCAGUAAGUCUUACCAGAGGAUGAAGACCCUGAGAGAGCAUAUGCGGAUUCAUAAUAAUGAUAAGAGGUUCAUUUGUCCCGUGUGUGGGAGGGCCUUUACCCAGAAGUGUACGUUGAAGGGACAUUUGAAGGUGCAUCAGCGUACGAGUGAAAUUGUGUGAUGGACGGAGACGGGAUAAUUUUAAGUUGUGUAGUUUGUAGGGAACGAAAAGCAAUAUGUGUGCAAUUUUUCUAUUCGGCGAUAGAGGGCGUUAUUUUAAAAUAUGUUUAGAUGUUUUCAGUUUUAAAGAAUGUUAUCUACUCCCUGAUAGAUGUCGCUAUAUCAAAAAUCAUGUGUAUGUGUCGCAGCUAAUUAGCUUAAUGAGACGUUUAAUAAACAUCUUAGUUUUUUGUAUUUAAAAUGUAACUUGUUAGUGUUCUUACACUUUACACUUAGUGUCACUACACUCUUCCAUACUAUUUUUCAUUAAACUUUGGAAAACAUUAUCAAAAAAAUUACGAAAUUCCACCCAUAUCACCUCGGAAGUCCGUGUUUUCACAACUUAGCGCUUUUUUAAACUCAGUUUUUGCACCACUACUAUUUGUAACCAGCUGCCCAUUGAAGUAUUUGCGAAUCAAUUCGACUUGGGCUCAUUCAAGAAAACAAUUCUUAAAAGGCCGGCAACGCACUUGCGAGCUCUCUGGCAUUGAGAGUGUCCAUGGGCGGCCGGUAUCACUUAAGAUCACGUGAGCCUCCUUUUGCUCCGUUCUAUAAAAAAAAUCAUCAAAUUUGUUGUUUGCCGACGCUUUUUGACUGUUUGGAGUUGGUGGUAAAAAGUGGAACUAAAUUAAAAUGAACAAGAAAGGCAAGUAAUGUAACGUCAUCGAUUCAAGUCAUUUGCCUAGCUGUUUGAUAAAAUGGCUAAAUAUCUUUCAGGCCGCUAUUUAAACGGCGAUGUUUAGUUAGGCUAGACUGUUAAUUGAACGGCUAAUUAAGCUAGUUAGCUGCGACAUAUAUAUAGCAAGAUUGUUUUAUGACAUUCACUUACAAAUUGUAUGAAGAUUUAUUACUGUGAAUUUAGACGCUCUAUUUAAAUCAAAUUUAAUAUUUUUGUAAAUAGUUUGGCCGCUCCCCGAUAGAUGGCGCUAAAACAAAGCAAUGUUACGCAUUGGUAUGUGCAAUAAAUUUAUGUUUACAUUCAAAAUAAAUGUACUUUAUAUU